GCCCCCUGUGCCCGGCACAUGGGGCGUCUGACAGAGGCAGCGGGUGGCGGCGCUUGGGCUGCGCGCUCGGCCGGGUCCCCUCCCGAUCUCCUGCCCCUGUCGUCCACGUCCCGCACCACCAUGGUGUCCAGCGAGGAAGACGGCACCAACGGCGGCGCCUCGGAGGCCAGCGACGAGAGGGAGGCGGCCGGCAAGAGGAGGCGCCUCGGUUUCUUGGCCACCGCCUGGCUCACCUUCUACAACAUCGCCAUGACCGCGGGAUGGUUGGUUCUCGCUAUUGCCAUGGUACGUUUUUAUAUGGAGAAAGGAACACACAGAGGUUUAUAUAAAAGUAUUCAGAAGACACUGAAAUUUUUCCAGACAUUUGCUUUGCUCGAGAUAGUCCACUGUUUAAUUGGAAUUAUACCUACUUCUGUGAUUGUGACUGGGGUCCAAGUGAGUUCAAGAAUCUUCAUGGUGUGGCUCAUUACUCAUAGCAUAAAACCAAUCCAGAAUGAGGAGAGUGUGGUGCUUUUUCUGGUGGCGUGGACGGUGACAGAGAUCACUCGCUAUUCCUUCUACACAUUCAGUCUCCUUGACCACUUGCCGUACUUCAUUAAAUGGGCCAGAUAUAAUUUUUUUAUCAUCUUAUAUCCUGUUGGAGUUGCUGGUGAACUUCUUACAAUAUAUGCUGCCUUGCCUUACGUGAGGAAGACGGGAAUGUUCUCACUCAGACUUCCUAACAAGUACAACGUCUCGUUCGACUACUAUUAUUUUCUCCUUAUAACCAUGGCCUCCUAUGUACCAUUGUUUCCACAACUCUAUUUUCAUAUGUUACGUCAAAGAAGAAAGGUGCUUCAUGGAGAGGUGAUUGUAGAAAAGGAUGAUUAAACAGGAUCCCUGCAAACAAGGUGCUUUCUCCAGAAUAACCAAGAUUACUUGACUCCAAGUUUUAACAACAAGAAUAAACAACUUCACGAAAUGUGUCAUGGAUUGUACAGUUUCUUAAACUAUAACUGAGACCUGGGUUAUGUGCAAGUGUUUCUCUUCAUAUUGUGGCAGAUUCUGUUUUUUUCUUUGACAAGAUUUAUGGGAAUAUCAGUUUCUGGGUUAUGAGGCAGCAUUUAUGAUUAAGAACAAUUUUUGGAAGCACAGACAUAAUUUGUGGUUCAUCUGUGACUCUCUGGCUGCACUACAGUGGUUCAUCUGUGACUCUGGCUGCACUACAGUGGUUCAUCUGUGACUCUCUGGCUGCACUACAGUGGUUCAUCUGUGGCUCUGACUGCACUACGAUGGUUCAUCUGACUCUGGCUGCACUACAGUGGUUAUCUGUGAUUCUGGCUGCACUACAGUGGUUCAUCUGUGACUCUCUGGCUGCACUACAGUGGUUCAUCUGUGGCUCUGACUGCACUACAGUGGUUCAUCUGUAACUCUCUGGCUGCACUACGAUGGUUCAUCUGUGACUCUCUGAUUGCACUAUGGUGGUUCAUCUGUGGCUCUGACUGCACUACAGUGGUUCCUGUGGCUCUCCUAUUGCUCUGUGGUGAUUCAUCUGUGACUCUGGCUGCACUAUGGUGGUUUCUGUGGCUCUCUGACUACACUACGGUGGUUCCUGUGGCUCUGUGAAGGUCCACUUCAGGCUUCCUUGCCCUCCUGCACUGAGAUGCCAGAGUCUCUGAAGAAGCAGCCCAGGUUAACUCAGUAAAUAGAUCAAAGCAAAUAUGGACUGAAUCUGCUUGCUGAUCAAUGUCGAAGAAAGUACAAAGGAACUUUUAUAUAUUUAACAGUGUAGGAAAUUAUCUAUUCCUGAUAUAAUUAUUGUAGUAUUCUUGCUUAAGUUUGCUGUUGAAAUAAACCAAGAUGUUCAUGAAAAAAAAAACAUAUUCAACAUACUCAUUAG